CCCUUCUACAGCACAACUAUAAUACAAUCUUUCAACAGAAGAAGACGAGAGAGAGAGAGAGAGAUGGGAGCUAUGGGGAAUCGAACGGCAGUGAUGCUGCUGAUGCUACUGCUCUCCUGGUGGUGUCUGACGGCGGUGACAGGUGAACGUGGGAGGGGGGCGAGAGGAGGAGAAGAGGGGGAAGGGGGAGAAGAGAGUGGGAGGCGGUUCGUAUUAGAGGAGUCGGAGGAGGUGGUGAAGGCGGAGGGUGGCGAGGUAAGGGUGGUGAGGGGUUACGGAACAGCUGGUCGCCCCGGUCCCAUGCACAUCGGCUUCAUUACGAUGGAGCCCAAGACCCUCUUCAUUCCCCAGUACUUGGACUCUAGCCUCAUCCUCUUUGUUCGCAGGGGGGAUGCGAGGGUUGGCUGGAUUUACAAGGAUGGCAUGGUGGAGAGGCGGCUUAAGAUGGGAGACAUCAUCCACAUCGCCGCCGGCUACUUCUACAUGGUUAACACCGGCAAAGGCCAGCGGUUGCAAAUUAUUUGCAGCAUCGACACCUCCGAGAGCCUCGGCCUCGGCCCUUACCAGUCAUUCUUCAUCGGUGGAGGAAUGGAUCCAUCAUCGGUGCUUGCUGGAUUUGAUAUCGGAACCCUCACAGCAGCAUUCAAUGUAACUACUGAAGAAAUGGAUACAAUCUUAGGGGCUCAUGUCAGGGGACCGAUUAUUUUUUACACCGAUAGGGCUGCGAGUCAGCCCCGCCGGUUGGUGUCCUACAUGCAAUUGAAACAAAUGCAGGUCCGAUACGCUAGUGAUGAUGAAGGAGAAGAAGAGAUGCAACAAGAGGAGAAUCAAAGAUGGACAUUGAGGAAGUUCCUUGCGAACCUCUUUUAUGAUCGUCAAAAAAAGAAACGGAGUGCACCCAAUGCAUAUAACCUUUAUGACCGAGAUCCAGACUUCCGUAACAGCCAUGGUUGGAGCAUUGCUCUUGAUGAAGGCAACUAUGCUCCUUUGGGGAUCAACGACAUCGGUGUCUACCUUGUUAACCUCACUGCAGGAUCAAUGAUGUUGCCGCAUGUGAAUCCAACGGCGACGGAGUACGGGAUAGUGCUGGGAGGAUCAGGGAUCAUUCAGGUGGUGUAUCCUAAUGGAACCACAGCCAUGAAUGCUGAGGUUUCUGAGGGGGAUGUGUUUUUGAUGCCUCGAUACUUCCCCUUCUGCCAAAUUGCUUCCCUGAGCGGGCCGUUCGAGUUCUUUGGGUUCACGACGUCGGCGAGGAGGAACCGGCCGCAGUUCCUGGUAGGGGCGAGUUCGAUCCUUCGAACCAUGUUAGGGCCGGAGCUGGCAGCAGGGUUUGGAGUGACUGAAGAGGAGUUGAGGAAGGUGGUGGAGGCGCAGAAGGAUGCUGUCAUGGUGGCAUCCUGGACGACCC